CCCGUUGGGGCAGCUUGGCUCUAUCCCUGCCUGGGGAGAACUCCUCCUGCCCAUGUGGUUGCUGUUGUUAUUAUUACCACAAUAAUAAUAAUAAUAGUUUAUUUUUCCGAACCGGGUCUGAGGCCCGACUGGGACUUUCCCUGGAAACUUUAUGUGGAAAUAGUUUGCAAUCUUAAUUCGGGGGAAGGGGGGGAUGCGAUGUUCCCUCCUCCAUCAGGCUCGGUCCCACUUCGCUCGACACCCCAGCUGCACACACGCACGCACACACACACACACACAUUUGUGUCCAAGGUUAUUCACUAGUUGCCUGAUGUAUUGUUUUAUUACAUGCCGGCAUGUCCACGGACGCGCUCGGAUUUGUAUUGCUGUCUACAUGACAGAUGGUGCUCUGUGAGGCCGCAAGAAGAUACGAUUCAAUUUUCUUUUGAAAGGCACGUCCGCAUUUAUUUAUUUAUUUAUUUAGCCUCCCCCUCUUUUCGCGCAGGGAGGGGAGAGGAGGGAAAAUUUAAAGGGAUGGAAAAGUUCGGCCUCUGCUUUGAGGUUUUGUUUCUUUUUGAAUCCGACGCUUAGGAAACGGAAACUCUCCAAACAUUCCCAUCUGAUCGCUAGAAAAUCGCUAUCUGCACGAUUAGCAUCAGGAAAGGAAAGAAAGAAAAAGAAAAAAAGAAAGAGCACAGAGAAAAGAGCAGAGAGGGAGAGCCUAGCAGAUACAUCGGAUCCCGCAGGGAUUGGGGAAAUAAAUCUCCCCACUGGCCUUGUUAUAUUUGUGGAGCCUUGAGCUGUGUAUUUAAAAGUACCAUGUCUGUAGCCUGGUUCCCAUAGAGUGUUUCCGAAAGAGAAACAGUUAAGCAGAAACUGGCAGGCUAGAAAGGACAAUAUUAAAACUGGGGGCCUGGACGGAGAGGGGGGCGGGGAAUCACCAUAUUAUUGGUACACUGGAUAUUAGCUUGCUUGGAAAAAAAAAAUCCUCUAUUGCUCUCUGGGCCUGUUUCAAGACCCAAGGAAGCGCAGGGAAUAACGGCAGGAAGUAUAUUCCGCUGAAGCUGCCGUCAAAAGCUAGAGAAGGGAUGGAUAAAUGAGGGCUCCUCCGCCCCCUCCAAGAUGAUGCUUAGCCCGGACCAAGCUGCCGACUCCGACCACCCCUCCUCGGCGCCCUCCGACCCGGAGUCCCUGGGCGGCGCGGACGCCCAGGCCCUCAGCUGCUGCGUCUCCGACCCGGAGCCCGCCGAGGGCGGCGGCGGCGAGGGCCGGGGCGGCGGCGGCGGCGGGGAGGGCCGCGGCGGGGGCCGGCCCGGGCUGCACCCGCCGCCGCUGAGCCGCGAGGAGAAGCGCCGGCGGCGCCGCGCCACGGCCAAGUACCGCUCGGCGCACGCCACGCGUGAGCGGAUCCGCGUGGAGGCCUUCAACCUGGCCUUCGCCGAGCUGCGCAAGCUGCUGCCCACCCUGCCCCCCGACAAGAAGCUCUCCAAGAUCGAGAUCCUGCGCCUCGCCAUCUGCUACAUCUCCUAUCUCAACCACGUGCUGGACGUGUAGCGCCCGGCGGACGCGCGGAGCCCCGGGACCCCCAGUCCCGCCGCCCGGGUCCGGCCGAGGCGGGCAGCGCCUUCCCGGGGCGGGCGGCGGGCGGGGGGGCCCCGCUGCUGUGCUCCCCCCGCCCCGGAGGGCUCCCGCCCGGUCGAGAGCCCGCUUUUCGAAGAGAAGUGUAAAACCGGAUUGUCUCUUCAGGCUGUCAAGUGCCCCUUUAUAUAUAUCCAAAAACAUCUACUUGUGACCUUAAACGUGUGACCCAUGGGUGCAGUUAAAAAUAACUAUUUUUUAUUUAUGGUAGAAGGAGUUGACAAUUUAUUUUUUUCAAGAUUUAUUUAUUUUUCAGAGUGGUGGCAAUUUUACUUUGGAUACUUCGUGCCAAUUGGUUUCUAUAGUCGGGUGUUUACACUUUCUCCUGUGGAAUAUUAUGUUUGACUUUAUGAGUGUUUGUUGGGAUCAAUACAGUGUUCAUUUUAUUUUAUUUUUAAUUUAUUUUCCCCCUCCAAUUAUAUUGCACUUGUGUACCACAAACCUCCCCUCCCUCCCUGUUUAUAAGUAUAUUUUAUAUAUAUCAAGGCAUUUGUUCUUGACCUUUUUUCUUUCUUUCCUUGUGUGGGAUCAACAACCACUAGCACUUAACUAGGAGAGGGUUUUUUUUAAAACUUGUUGUUAUUCUGAUCUAUAGUUGCGUCUGAAAAGUACUUUGCAAAUCGUUUAUAAGGGAAGUAGUUUCUUUGUGGGUGUAUAUGUGCGUGUGUGUACACAUGCAUGUGUGUGGGAGUGAGCGUGGGUGUGUAUGUGUGUGGUAUAUUUUUAGGAAAGGACAUUUUUUCCUAAAAAAAAAGAAAAAAAAAAGAAAGAAAAGUAAAUCCAGGACUGCUUUCCUUUGUGACAACCAAAAAAAUUCUAUAACCUGAAAAUGUUUCAUGUUCUUUGCUGUGAAUCUCUUAAAACAAGAAGCGCAUUUUAGGGACAAAAAAGAAAAAGAAAAAAAACCACAUCUGCUAUCCAAAGAUUUUAGUCUUUUUCAGGGUUUUUUUGUGUGUCUAUGUUGCUUUAUAUAAUGCAAUAUUUUGUAGUGAAAAUAGAUAAAUCUGGUUUCUAUCUGAUGCGUUUUUCAUAUCUCUCAUGAAUGGUGAGCUGUUUUGCAUAUAAAUAAAAGUAUCAAAUAA